AUGUGUUUAGUAAACGAGCAGAGGUCCCAACGCGCAGCCAUCUACAGGCAUGUCGGGCGUGUGCUCCGUCGUAUAGAGUCCAGCGACGAGGUUGUGAUCCCAAUCGAGCAACUGCAGAGCUUCGGAUUCUAUCCUGUGCAGGUGGGGUUUGACGGAGAUGAAGUGGACUUUGAACCAUGCUUUUUCAAACCUUUAUCCGCAUCUAUCAUCGACGAACACCCGUUAGAAGAAGAGACUCCGCAGUCUAUAGCAUCAUUUUACUAUUAUCCCCCGUCUUUUCAAGAGGAUGACGGACCUUACGAAAUCUUGCAAGUUACCCGUGAGAUGUGUCGUCAUGUUACCAAGCUUACAAGACAUGAUCGACACGGAAUUGAUUUUGAAGACUCCAGGCGAUUCGGUCUGAAUGCCUUUAGUUAUUUGGGUCAUCCUAGGAGUGAUCGGUGGCAAAUGAAUCGUCCUCUUGAACUGAUCCAGAUCGACGGGCCGGGAUCUUGGGAGAUGAAAGCGCAAUAUGAAAGCCUCGAGGACCCUCAUAUGAUAGCUUGCAUCAUCCAUGAUGUGAACGCAACCGACGGGGUUCUUGCGAUGGGCGAACUCAAAGCAAUCGCGAGAGCGUUCCGCUUUCGGUACAAGGACCCAGUUUAUAGUCCGCAUACGAUAUUACCGGUUUUAAUACUAUCAUAUCUGGGUCCACAGCAUGGCAGAAUCUUACAAGCCCACCAUGAUGGAAGGAGGAUUGUGGUACAGUACACGCCGCUCAUGAGUUUCGAAGUGGAGUCCAAAGGAGACGUAGCUGAGCCAAUCUCUCUGUUCGUUCGGUAUCAGAUCAUAGACAGUGCCGAAGAGAAAGGGGAGAUUCCCCUCUCCCUCCCCCUCCCACCACCACCCCCGCCGACGACGGCGCCUCCGCAACAACGGAGGAAAUCCCCCGGGUCCCCCCAAUCGCCGAACUCUUUGGCCGGCGGCGUGCGCGCUCUCCAGCCGCCGCCGCCGGCCCCGCGCCCAAGCGGACGAGAACUGGCCGGUGGAUGUGCCCCCCAUGUGUCCGCCCCCGCCGCGGAGAACGAUCGUGGUGGGCGCGGUGGUCGAGGUGGUCGAGGUGGCCGUGGUGGUCGAGGUGGCCGGGGUCGCGGCCAAAACAAGACCGCUCUUGAUACCCCCCCUCCCUCGAGCGCUGCUGGCUGUCGCUCUCCAAGGGCCGCUUAG